GGGAUGGAGCGGCUGGAGCCAGGAGAGGCGGGGGGAGAAGCCCAUUCCAGGCCCAUUCCCCUCGGGCAGCAGAGGGAUGUGGGCAGGCGGCGGGACCCGGGACCAGCUCCAGCACCUGGCACGAAGCCACCACGGAGGAAAAAGCCACCAAGCAGGAGUGGCACCACUGCCAGCACCAGGGCAGAAAAACAGCACCACAAAAGCAGAAAGCAGCGAGCUCACUCCCCUCCAGUGCUUCAGAUUCCUGGGAGGAACCCUGAGUCAGCCCAAAACACUGCAGAGGGGAACCAGGAAGAUGCAAAAACAAAGGAGGCUGGAGCAUCAGCUUGCAGCAUUUUGGGUUCCAGUGGGGCAGAGGAAGGUCUCUGCGCUCAGCUGAGUGAAAGCCUGAGGUGGGAUGGGAUUCUGGAGGAUCCUGAGGCAGAGAAGGAAAGGCUGUGUGUUUACAGAGUGAACAGGAGGAAAAGGUAUGAAUUGUAUAUCCAGGAGCACUUCCCAGCUGCCAGGAGUUCCCCACCCCUCCAUGGCAGCAGCAGGUAAAGGAGAUUCCAGGGGUCAUUUUUUGGAAGAGCAAGAGUGAACUGAAUGCUGAAGGAGCC